AUGAGAUUCUCGAUUCUUCUCCUCCUCUUUAUUUUCAAUUUUCUGACCCCCGCCCUCGCUGAUACCAAAACGAUCUGCCUUGUCUGCAAUGGAAUAAUCAAUAUUCCAAGUACUGAUAGUGAGGCUCAAAUCGCGUUCAAGUUCGCCUGUGACUCUAUUGAGAACUCGUUCUUGGCAGGAGCAUGCAGGACAUUGGCGUCAGUUAUCCAUAAGAGUUACACGUGGGGAAUCUUCAAAUGGGUCAUUCAAGGACUCAAAUGGCCCACUUGUGCGUUGUUGUGCUAA